AUGGCCGCCAACGAUCCCGCGACGCGUGCUGAGCCGUCCUCCACAACCGACCGUAACGUCAAGCACGUCGUACUCGGUAAUCUCCUUUUCCAGACCUGGUACCAGUCCAUCUAUCCGGAGGAUUUGGUCAGUAAGGAUACGGACAGGUUGUACGUCUGUCGCUGGUGCUUCCGCUACUCGUGCGACGCGCACGCCUACACGAAACACACGCGCCUGUGCCCACACCGGCAAUCACCGCCCGGGGUCAAGGUCUACGAGCAAGGCGGAUACUCAGUGUGGGAGUUGGACGGUGAACAUCACAAGCUCUACGCGCAGAACCUCUCCCUGUUCGCGAAACUGUUCCUCGAUCACAAGUCGGUCUUCUUCGAUGUCGUGUCCUUCCUUUACUACCUGCUCGUGUACUCCGACCCCAACGACCCCGACUCCAACUACCAUGUGCUGGGCUUCUUCUCGAAAGAAAAACUCUCCUGGGAUGCCAACAACCUCGCCUGCAUCCUGGUCUUCCCCCCUUACCAACACAAGCAGCUGGGGAAACUGUUGAUGGGAGUCAGUUAUAAGAUUAGUUCCUGGGAGCGCGACAGGAGCUUGAUCGGCGGGCCGGAGCGACCGCUGAGCGAGAUGGGUCGCAGGAGUUAUUCACGCUUUUGGGAGGAUCGCGUGGCCAGGUACUUGCUCUUACAUGGGCGCAAGGCCGAGGAUGCAGAAGAUUUUGCAGUACCACAAAAGUCAAAGUCUCUUAAGGGGUUGAAGAGAAAACAUGCUCAUGAGUUCAUGACAGUGCAGGACAUUGGACUGGCUACGGGCAUGUUGACUGAAGACGUCAUCACAGCCCUCAAGGGUUUGAGUGUUGUCCAGCCGGCCACACCUUCGAAAAAGCGAAAGUCAAAGGAUUGGAAUGAAGCUACUAAUGCUGGACAUGGCACAUUCGUAACGGUACGAAAGACAACCGUACUGGAAUGGGCGAAGAGCCACCACAUGGCCCUGUGGGACCCGGUCAAGGACGAGGGGUUUCAUGGUAAGUGGGCUCCAACUGAUUCGGACGUGAGCGAUGGGGACAGUAAUGAAAGUGGUGAUGGAUAA